CGCAGCUGAAGGAACGUGUCCUCUGCGGGCAGCGCGAUUCUGCCCCUUGUAUUGACGGCUCCUUCCUUGGUCUGGACUGGAGGGACCGAGAUGUGGCUGGUUCUCAGCUGAUGCCACUGCUGCCUUUUUUGGAAGGGAAGAGAUAGUUGGGGGGUUGUGCAGCGCCCUGAUGAGGACUUGGCUGGAAAGGUGGGGCUGCCCCUGGUGGCCCCCCUUCUCUGCCCCCAUCCUCAGGAGCCUGGGGAUGAGGUGUGAGCACAGGACGGGAGGGUCCUUGGUGAGGGAGAGUGAAUUGGGCUUAAAUUGUGGAGGAGCGACUUGGGGGAGCCGAAAAGCCCGAGGGGCCUCUCCCUACUUUUCUGCCGGGUGUAACUUUAACCCCUGCCAGACUGUAUCUCGCCCUCAUGGAGACCGCUUGCCAGACAGACAGCGGACUGGAGACCCAGGGAGGUCUGCUGUUGUGACCCUUCUCCUGGGGAGCGGGAGUUUGUUCAGAGGGACUGGGCAGUACCUUGGCAUUGCCUUGCUGAAGGUCAGGUGUCCCCUCUGGCUCACAGGGAGACAAGGGCAGCUGGCGGUGCUGGAGCACCAGCUUGAAGCGAUGCUGGGGCCCAAGUAAAGGACCUCUGCCUCCCCAUGUCCCCGUUCCUGCAGGACUGGGCCUGAUGCCCCUUGUCUUCCGGGGCCCCACAGACUGGCAGCCCAGCCCCACCCCAGCGCCACCAGAUGCUCUGUACCCCUCCUUUGGCCGUAUCCACUGGGUAACAGUUAUCCCUGCAAACCUUGAACGGCCUUCUGGACAGUUGGGCUCUGAGGGUGUCCCCCGUGGCUCAGCUCAGGGAGGCUAGACUUGGGCCGCUCCCAGAUUGGCUUGCACUUUGUGGGACCAGAGAGGAGUCAGCCCGGCAGUGGCUCCCCAUCCUGAGGGGGCACAUGGGGCGACGAGGCCCGGGCUGAUUGGCUAAGACCUCGUGGGGGCGCAGGCAGGACAGCCCCCGAGCCCAGCGGACCAUCUCUCCAUCCUUGGUCUCAUCCCGCCCUCCCUUCCGCCACUGGUCCUUCAGUCAGUCCUGUUCUGGUCAGGAAUGCUGAGAGGGGAACUCCGGGCUGGCCUCCGGCGGGUGCCGUCAGAGCAGAGACAGGAAAGUGCUGCUCCAGUGGCCGGUAAUAAUAGGAAUAGCACGGAGGGAGCAGAGGAAGGAGCCUCAGCUGCGCCCGGGCCGGCCGGGUGGGCGGCGUGUUUCCUGGAAGAGGAAGGAUUAGGUGAAUCAGGGACAGAGUCCGGAGCCAAGUUCUGGCCCCGGCUCUGCCACAGGGAAGCACCUUCCAUGGAGCGAAAGGAGUGCCCGGACCCUGCCCCGACCGACCCGCGCCAGCCUCAGCGGUGGCCAACGCGCAGAUAGCAGUGCCGUCCCCGGGGCCUUGGUGUAGCAGCAGCGCUUCCCGACGCCCGAGGGCAGGCCCCGCACGCGGCCGCUGCGUGUGGCCGCUUAGCCAGCUGUCCCCACCCGGCCGUCCCCAGUGCCCCCGGAGUCACGUGUCGAAAACCAGUGGCCCGGACCUGCCAAGUCUGACUCUCCGGGGAGAAGCUGCUGCUCUUUUCAGUUUCUUCACAUACACGUGGACGUACCCGCCAGAGGUCACUUUACAUAGAUGCGUGAGUGUUGAACCAUGAUUCCCGUGACAGAGCUCCGCUACUUUGCGGACACUCAGCCGGCGUACCGGAUCCUGAAGCCGUGGUGGGACGUGUUCACCGACUACAUCUCCAUCGUCAUGCUGAUGAUUGCGGUCUUUGGGGGCACGCUGCAGGUGACUCAGGACAAGAUGAUCUGCCUGCCGUGCAAGUGGGUCACCAAGGACUCCUGCAACGACUCCUUCCGGGGCUGGGCCCCCCCCAGCCCCGAGCCCACCUACUCCAACUCCUCCGUCCCGCCCACCCCCGACACGGGCCCCACGGGCAUCAAGUACGACCUGGACCGGCACCAGUACAACUACGUGGAUGCCGUGUGCUACGAGAACCGCCUGCACUGGUUCGCCAAGUACUUCCCCUACCUGGUGCUCCUGCACACGCUCAUCUUCCUGGCCUGCAGCAACUUCUGGUUCAAGUUCCCACGCACCAGCUCGAAGCUGGAGCACUUCGUGUCCAUCCUGCUCAAGUGCUUCGACUCGCCCUGGACCACGCGGGCCCUGUCCGAGACCGUGGUGGAGGAGAGCGACCCCAAGCCGGCCUUCAGCAAGAUGAACGGCUCCAUGGACAAGAAGUCGUCGACGGUGAGCGAGGACGUGGAGGCCACCGUGCCCAUGCUGCAGCGGACCAAGUCCCGCAUCGAGCAGGGCAUCGUGGACCGCUCGGAGACCGGCGUGCUGGACAAGAAGGAGGGGGAGCAGGCCAAGGCGCUGUUUGAGAAGGUGAAGAAGUUCCGGACGCACGUGGAGGAGGGCGACAUCGUGUACCGCCUGUACAUGCGCCAGACCAUCAUCAAGGUGAUCAAGUUCGUGCUCAUCAUCUGCUACACCGUCUACUACGUGCACAACAUCAAGUUCGACGUGGACUGCACCGUGGACAUCGAGAGCCUGACGGGCUACCGCACCUACCGCUGCGCCCACCCCCUGGCCACGCUCUUCAAGAUCCUGGCGUCCUUCUACAUCAGCCUGGUCAUCUUCUACGGCCUCAUCUGCGUGUACACGCUGUGGUGGAUGCUGCGCCGCUCCCUCAAGAAGUACUCGUUCGAGUCCAUCCGCGAGGAGAGCAGCUACAGCGACAUCCCCGACGUCAAGAACGACUUCGCCUUCAUGCUGCACCUCAUCGACCAGUACGACCCGCUCUACUCCAAGCGCUUCGCCGUCUUCCUGUCGGAGGUGAGCGAGAACAAGCUGCGGCAGCUGAACCUCAACAACGAGUGGACGCUGGACAAGCUGCGGCAGCGGCUCACCAAGAACGCGCAGGACAAGCUGGAGCUGCACCUGUUCAUGCUGAGCGGCAUCCCCGACACCGUGUUCGACCUGGUGGAGCUGGAGGUCCUGAAGCUGGAGCUGAUCCCCGACGUGACCAUCCCGCCCAGCAUCGCCCAGCUCACGGGCCUCAAGGAGCUGUGGUUGUACCACACGGCGGCCAAGAUCGAGGCGCCCGCCCUGGCCUUCCUGCGCGAGAACCUGCGGGCCCUGCACAUCAAGUUCACGGACAUCAAGGAGAUCCCGCUGUGGAUCUACAGCCUGAAGACGCUGGAGGAGCUGCACCUGACCGGCAACCUGAGCGCCGAGAACAACCGCUACAUCGUCAUCGACGGGCUGCGCGAGCUCAAGCGCCUAAAGGUCCUGCGGCUCAAGAGCAACCUGAGCAAGCUGCCGCAGGUGGUCACGGACGUGGGCGUGCACCUGCAGAAGCUGUCCAUCAACAACGAGGGCACCAAGCUCAUCGUCCUCAACAGCCUCAAGAAGAUGGUCAACCUGACGGAGCUGGAGCUCAUCCGCUGCGACCUGGAGCGCGUCCCCCACUCCAUCUUCAGCCUGCACAACCUGCAGGAGAUCGACCUCAAGGACAACAACCUCAAGACCAUCGAGGAGAUCAUCAGCUUCCAGCACCUGCACCGCCUCACCUGCCUUAAGCUGUGGUACAACCACAUCGCCUACAUCCCCAUCCAGAUCGGCAACCUCACCAACCUCGAGCGCCUCUACCUGAACCGCAACAAGAUCGAGAAGAUCCCCGCCCAGCUCUUCUACUGCCGCAAGCUGCGCUACCUGGACCUCAGCCACAACAACCUGACCGUCCUCCCCGCCGACGUCGGCCUCCUGCAGAGCCUCCAGAGUCUGGCCCUGACGGCCAACCGGAUCGAGGCGCUGCCCCCGGAGCUCUUCCAGUGCCGGAAGCUGCGGACCCUGCACCUGGGCAACAAUGUGCUCCAGUCCCUGCCCUCGCGGGUGGGCGAGCUGACCAACUUGACCCAGAUCGAGCUGCGGGGCAACCGGCUCGAGUGCCUGCCCGUGGAGCUGGGCGAGUGCCCGCUGCUCAAGCGCAGCGGCCUCGUGGUGGAGGAGGACCUGUUCAACACGCUGCCGCCCGAGGUCAAGGAGCGGCUCUGGAGGGCCGACAAGGAGCAGGCCUGAGGCGGGCGCGUGGCAGUGGGACCACCCGGCGGCCUCGGGCCGCGAACCCGGAGCGGGCGCGCAGGAGCCUGCGGCUGGGCGCUGAGCUGGGCCGGCCAG